UUAAGGAGACGAUAGUAGACAGUAGUAACUAAUAACUAUGUAGUAAGUUCAAACUUCAAAGAGUUGGUUGGAACUUGAGUACUUGUUAAUUGUUAGUAAAAGUAUCAGUAAUCAGUAUGUACUAUUAAAAAGAGACGGUUAACAAAAUAAUAUAAUAAAUAAAUACUAUAUACUUUUUUUAUCUACCAUCUGGUUAAUUAUAUUUAGAGUAAUAAUGUUGGGUAUAUUAAACAUUUUUGGUUGUGUGAAAUGAAAAUUGUAAUACAGUAAUAUCUUAAUUCAUUUAAAGAUGGUUGAUUCUUCUAAAACUGCUAAGUUGCAACUCAAAAUGAGACCUAGAAGUCCUAUAAUUAUGUCUGGUAGGAGCAAAAUAGGCAUUUGUGAAAGCAGCUUGAAAUCAGUCAAUAAAUUGGAUAAAAAUACAAAGUAUUCAGUUUUACCUGAUGAGAGUCCUAUUGUUCAUAUGCAAAACAGACCAAAAAAAUUUAAGUAUAGUAAUUUACAAUCAACACCUUAUGCUCAAAAUAUAAAAAAAUCAAUAACAGAAUCAAGAGAAAUAAUAAACCUCAGUCCAAUUGCUGCAACUUCUACAACAGUAAUAGAUAAUCCAGUAAAUGGUACAGAUAUUUUUCCAUGCCAUUUACUUAAAUGUAAAAGAGAGAUUCCAAUGGACUGUUCCAUUGACCCUAAUACAUCAAAAAUAAAUAACAGUAAAGAAAUUAAAAGUAAGUUAAAAUUCAGUACACAUUUAAAAGCACAAAGUCCUGAAAGUAACCUAUGUGAGCCAUUAAUGAUCUCUGAAAUUGCAAAUAAGAAAUCUUUAAAACACAAAAAUGAAAAUACCAAAAGAUGUUUGUUUGAAAAUGAGAAGUUGAGUUCAUCAAAUUCAGAUAUGGAUCAAGAUUCACUUAAUAUAUCUUUGGAUACUUUAGAACAAGUGUGUCAGAUGUCAGAACGUACUCUUGAAUGUUCCAAUAAAAAUGUAAAUAAUUUGGUAUCUUUUCUGUAUGGUAACACUUCAACAAAACUAGAAAAUACAGUAGUAGAAAAUGAUUUAUUACGGUUAGCAUUAAAAAUGGAGGAUUUUAUAACAAAUGAAAAAAAGCCCAAAAAAGUACUGGAAGUGGAAACAAAUUUUACAACUUUAAACAAACUACAAAAAAAUGAAAAUACAUCUUUUCAAAACAGUAAAAAAUGUAAAAAUGAUAACGUUCAUUCAACUUUUUUUACUAAUUCAACUCAACUGACCACAAAUAACCUUAUGAGUACCAAUGAGAUUGGCAAUACACAAAUGUGUGAAAUAGCUGAUAUAAUUGAACCAUUAUCAUCUUUUGAUGAUCAAUGGACUCAACAAUAUACAUUAAAUUCAAAUAUUCAAGUCAGCAGUAGUUCCAAUUGUAAUCAAGGUGCAGUUCAUAAUCUAAAAUUAAAAUGUGACGUACAGAGUAGUAAUAAUGAGCAUAAAUAUUCAUACACUUAUAAAUCAGAAAAUAAAAUGUAUAAGCCUUUAACUGAAAAUACAGAAUUUUCAACACCUGAAAAUAAUUCAUUAAACAUAUUAAAGAGAGCAACACAUAAAAGUGAAGUGCUUGUGAAAGAUGAUAAAACUUCAUUAUCAAAUGAAAAAUUAAAGCCUUUAAAUAUACCUCAAGCAACUACUAAUGAAUUCAAAGGAUUUUCAACGGCUACAGGAAAGGCAAUUAAAGUUCCAGAGCAAGCAUUAAGUCAAGCAGAAGCACUCCUGAAGGAUGAUCAAGCUCAAUCAUUAAAUGUAAAGUUAAAAACUUUAAGUAGAGUUGAUGAAGCAUCAAAUAAAUUUAAAGGAUUUUCAACAGCUACAGGAAAGUCAAUAAAAAUCUCGGCUAAAGCAUUGCAUAAAGUUGAAACACUAUUAAAUGAUGAUGAAACUCAAUUAUUAAAUAAAAGGGUAAAUCCUUUAAAUAUACCUCAAGCAACUACUAAUGAAUUCAAAGGAUUUUCAACGGCUACAGGAAAGGCAAUUAAAGUUCCAGAGCAAGCAUUACGUCAAGCAGAAGCACUCCUGAAGGAUGAUCAAGCUCAAUCAUUAAAUGUAAAGUUAAAAACUUUAAGUAGAGUUGAUGAAGCAUCAAAUAAAUUUAAAGGAUUUUCAACAGCUACAGGAAAGUCAAUAAAAAUCUCGGCUAAAGCAUUGCAUAAAGUUGAAACACUAUUAAAUGAUGAUGAAACUCAAUUAUUAAAUAAAAGGGUAAAUCCUUUAAAUAUACCUCAAGCAACUACUAAUGAAUUCAAAGGAUUUUCAACGGCUACAGGGAAGGCAAUUAAAGUUCCAGAGCAAGCAUUACGUCAAGCAGAAGCACUCCUGAAGGAUGAUCAAGCUCAAUCAUCAAAUGUAAAGUUAAAAACUUUAAGUAGAGUUGAUGAAGCAUCAAAUAAAUUUAAAGGAUUUUCAACAGCUACAGGAAAGUCAAUAAAAAUCUCGGCUAAAGCAUUGCAUAAAGUUGAAACACUAUUAAAUGAUGAUGAAACUCAAUUAUUAAAUAAAAGGGUAAAUCCUUUAAAUAUACCUCAAGCAACUACUAAUGAAUUCAAAGGAUUUUCAACGGCUACAGGGAAGGCAAUUAAAGUUCCAGAGCAAGCAUUACGUCAAGUAGAAGCACUCCUGAAGGAUGAUCAAGCUCAAUCAACAAAUGGAAGUUUUAACAUACUAGUCAAAGCCGAUGAACCCUCUAAUAAAUUAAAAAGUUUUUCAACAGACAAAUCAGUUAUGAUAUCGGAAAAUACUACACAAAUGGCUCAAAUUGUUUUUAAAGAUGGCAAUUGUGUUGUAAAUAAGCUUUCUAGUUAUAAUGAUAACCUAUUAAAAAUAGAUAAUAAAAAAAAAAUACUACAAUCAGUAAGCAAAUGUAAUAUAGGAAAAUCAGAUAUAUUAGGUAAUAUAGAAGAUAUGAAUGUUGAAAUUAUUGAUGAAUUUUUUUCGAACGAUUCAUUUAUUUUAUCUGAAAACAAAUUAUUAGGAACAGGUAACAAACCAGCAUUUAAAGAAUUGCAAAAUUUGAAAAAUACUACUCAUAAUAGUACACAUGAUAAAAAAAGUCUAAACGAUGGUCUAAAUGACACACAAUCAAUACUCGAAGACAUAUCAUUGGUGGAUACUGUUGAACGAAUAGAAAAAGGUCAACAACAUUUUUUGAAUACUACUUCACAUAAUAAACGACCUGGAAGUCCUAAUUAUGAUAUUGAAAAAAUAAUUAAAAAGCCUAUAUUAGAUUUCGGAUGGGAGAAAAAUGAAUUGGAAAAAUCAUUUAAAGUAUAUUUGUCCAAAAAGUUAAGUAGUCAAAAAACUUCACUGUCUACAUUAGUAGAUUACAGUUUACCAAAGAAGAGUACAGCAAAUCAGCACUUUAAUGGCAACUAUGACUUUGCUAAUUUUGACUCAAACAAGUCAUUAGAUUUUAAAUUAUGUUGGGAUUACAAUAGGAGCAACACAGAAGCAAAUUUUUAUAAUUUCAACAAUAUAAAGAACUUAUUUGAAUCACAUUUUUUGGUGGAUGUAAAAUUAAUUCCAAAAAGUUGGGUCGAAAACCAUUUUCAUUGGAUCAUUUGGAAACUAGCAUCAAUGGAGCUUAGUUUUCCUAAUUUAUUUGCAAACAAGCUUUUAACUGCAAAGAACACAAUUCACGAGCUAUUGUAUAGAUAUUACAGGGAAAUUGAAAAAUGUCAAAGAUCAGUUUUAAAAAAAAUAUUAGAAAAAGAUGAUGUUGCAACAAAAAGAAUGAUUUUGUGUGUUUCUAAAAUCAUUAAAUCAAAUACAGCUGAAAAUUACAACAUUGAGCUAACUGACGGGUGGUACAAAGUACAAGGCUUACUGGAUUCUGAGAUGAAUACACUUGUACACAGACAAGUAGUUAGAGUUGGCACUAAACUUCUUAUAAGUAAUGCAGAACUUGUUGGUGCUGGAGAAGGAAUUGACCCAUUACAAGUGCAUGAUGGUGUUAAGCUUAAAAUAUCAACAAACAGUACUCGACGUGUUCGAUGGUAUGCUAAAUUAGGAUUGUGUAAAUAUCCAACUUCUCCCGUACCAAUUAGCUUAGAAUCAGUUCUUCCACAUGGCGGUACAAUAGGAUCAUUGUCACUUGUAGUUCUUAGAAAAUAUCCAAUGUUGUACUUUGAACGGAAGUUAAACUCAAAAUCUGUUUUUAGAAACGAGAAAAUGGAAAUAUUUGAAGAAGAAAAACAUAAAACAACUCAACAGAAAAAUUUAGAAAAAAUAUCAAACAAUAUUCAAUCUGAAAUGGAAAGAGAAUUAAUGUCAAAAACUAAAAACAAAAUUAAAUUAAUAAAAAUAACAAAAGAAAAUAUAAAAAAUUACAGUAUAGAGGAGCUUAGUGAUAUAAUAGAAAAUUGUAUGGAUCCUUCAGAAAUUCAAUCGGUUAUUAGUGAAGAUAAAUUAGAAGCCAUUCAAAACUAUAAGAAGACACAACACGAUAAUUUUAUGUAUGAACUCAAAAAAAGAGUGGAUAAUGUAUUUAACGAUCAGUUUAAAGAUAACAAACGUAGAGUAACUCCUUUACUUAAGUUACGUGUUGUGGAUGAAAAAGAUGCUUGUUCAGGAUUGAAUUUCGCAGUACUUACUAUAUGGAACCCGUCGGAAAGUGUAUCUAUGUUUUUUGAUACAAUUUCAGAGGGUCAUUGCUGUGUAUUUAGUCAUCUCACCGCUACUGGCUACAUGAAUGGUGAACUCCAAUUAUCAGCUGGUAAACAGUCACAUUAUGUUUUUAAGAAAAUUAUAAACAAUUACGCAAAACGGGCUGUUAUCAGUGCCAAAACUUUUUGGUCUGGCAGUUUUUCGCCAUUGUACAGUGAACUAGACUUAGUGGGUAUUGUAAUUGGUAUAAUCAAAGAAAACGAAACUUUUAAUGAAGUAUAUGUGACAGACACAGAGAUGAAUAUCGUUAGUAUUGUAUUUCGAGGUGAUUUUAAGGAAUUUGGAUGUGACGAUAAAAUGUUGUACCCUGGUAGUAUAAUAUCUGGUAUGAAUCUCGUAUUUAAGGGUUUUCAUAGUAAUACACCAAUACCUAAAGUUUAUGUCACCGAACUGUCAUUAUUUACCACUGUUCCUAAAGCUGAACAUCUUAAACAAUGUUCUGAUGAUUAUAUAAAGUUCCUAAAAAAUUCCGAAAAUUUUAUUCAAUUGUGUCAAAAUAAAAUUGUUGAAUUUCAAAACAAAAAAUCUGAUGUUCCAAGUCAUGAUAUUGAUGUAUACUCAUUAAAUGUGGCCAACAAAAAAAUUCAAAAACCUUAUGGAGAAUCACCUUCAGCUGCAGUUAGUUCACCGCAUGUAUUUCAAUCCGAAUUUUCGCCUGUAAGAAAACGUUUAAAAAUGUUAAACGCCUAUGGGAAAACGCCUCCACUCAAUAUCAUUCAUACCAAGCCUCCAAAUAAAAAACUAAUGAAUCAGUUUAAAACGCCAAACCGUAUGUAGUAUGUGAAAUAAACAGAGAAAAUUAGCUAAAAAGUUACCAGAAAAAAAUUACAUUCUAUGUAUAUAUUAAAUUUUAUAAAUUUGCUAAAUAUGUUGUUAAAGCAAUGUAAAUGCCUUAAAUGUUUUGGUUAUGAAUGUAUAAUAAAUUACUAUAAAAAUAUAUAAUGUAUUUUAUUUUUAUAUAAAUAGACCAGCUUUUUUUGUACUAAAAUAAAAUAAUACACAAUCAUUUUAUAUAAGCUUAGAACAUUUAAAACUUAUAUGCAAUAUGAAUU